AUGGUCUCGGAAAUCAUGCCAUCGACCCAUGAUGAAAGAGCUCAUCUGAAUGAGUGGAAGGACACCCUAUCCCAGUACAGGAAAGCUGCCAGUAAACGUGAGGCCAUGAGGGACGAACGUGAGGAGAGGAAGGACGCUCAAGAUGAGAGCCCCAUGAAGACAGGGACGUUGUCUCCCUCUUCCAAGCAGAACUACAUUGCUGUGAAUUCUGAUGGAGAUCGAAUGUGGCACUUUGCCAUGUCUGUAUUCCUGAUAGAAUUGUAUGGACAUAAUCUCCUUCUAACAGCUGUUUUUGGGUUAGUGGUGGCUGGCUCAGUACUUGUGUUUGGGGCCUUAAUUGGAGAUUGGAUUGAUAGAAAACCAAGAAACAAAGUUGCUCAUGCAUCGCUGUUCAUUCAGAACUCCUCUGUCACUGCCUGCUGCGUAGUACUGAUGUUGGUGUUCUCUUACAAAGCCGAGAUUGAGCAAAUGUGGCACGGCUGGUUUACUGUAUUCUGUUAUGCAGUGGUAAUCAUCUUAGCCGAUCUGGCAAACCUGGCAAGCACAGCGCUGACGAUAACCAUUCAGAAAGACUGGAUUGUGGUCAUCACAGGUGAUAACAGAGGCCAACUGGCUGGAAUGAAUGCAGCUAUAAGAAGAAUGGAUCAAGUCAUAAAUAUCUUCGCUCCUCUGUCUGUGGGGCAGGUUAUGACCUGGGCCUCUAAUGUCAUUGGCUGUGGAUUUAUUCUUGGAUGGAACUUGAUCUCUCUUCUGGUAGAAUUUAUAUUCCUAUCCAGGGUGUAUCAACUAGUGCCUCCUUUGGCUGUAAAAUCUCAACAGAAUGCAGGAGAAUAUGUUAUAGAAAGACAAGUGGAACUUACAAAUUUGGAGGGAGAAAUUGGUGAUAGUCAGGCACCGACAGAGCAGAAAUCCAGUCCUGAAAUGCAACGCAAGUCAGUCACAAAACUGCCUCUUUGCUUCAGAAAAAUGCACAGGAUGCUGUGUACGUGCAGAGAUGGCUGGAAAGCAUAUUACAGGCAGUCUGUCUUUUUAGCAGGCUUGGGUUUAGCCUUCUUGUACACCACAGUGCUUGGCUUUGACUGUAUCACUACAGGGUACGCCUACACGCAGGGGAUCAGUGGCUCUCUUCUCAGCAUACUCAUGGCUCUUUCUGCCUUCUCAGGACUAAUGGGCACAAUUUUGUUUACUAAGCUAAGGAAGCAUUAUGGCUUGGCUGUCACAGGAGUCGUAUCCAGCCUCCUCCAUGUAAGCUGUUUAAUGCUGUGUGUGUUUUCAGUCUUUGCCCCCGGCAGUCCUUUUGACUUGGGUAUUUUCUCUCUUCUCACAAGUAAGAACUCUUCCUUAAACCACGAGACACUGCAAAAGAACCAGCUGCAUAUUUACCCAUUCCAAAGAAACAUCAACCAACCCAUACUGCCAGAUCGUUCUUCAAUUCAUUGGACUAAUAAUACUGUGUUGUUGGACAGCGUGCAUGGGAGUGAUCACCCAGAAUCCUAUAUUUCAAUCAUUCUCUUGUUCUCAGGAGUGAUACUAGCCAGAAUUGGUCUUUGGUCAUUUGACUUGACUGUGACCCAGCUUCUUCAGGAGAACAUUCCAGAAUCAGAGCGUGGGAUAGUCAAUGGUGUGCAGAGCUCUAUGAACUACUUGAUGGACCUUGUACAUUUCAUUAUGGUUAUUCUAGCUCCUCAACCGCAACAAUUUGGGUUGCUGGUGAUAAUUUCCUUACUGUUUGUGAUAACGGGGCAUGUCAUGUAUUUUAUUUAUGCUAAAAAAUAUAAAAUUAAAGAAACUGUGAUACAAACAAACUCAGAGAGGAAGCCACAGAAUCCCUCUGUCUGAAAGUCUCAUAAUCCUUUAUUUUAAAAUUAUCCUAUCAUUCAUGGAGUAUAGGUUACUUGCAUAAAAAUGUUGACUAAACACACUAGCCAAAAUGUUCCUCUGUUUCUAUUCUUACCCCAAACACACUGC